GGUUGUGCCGACAACAUGGCGGCGCCCGUAGCGAUUCACCUGGAGUUUGGAGGAGGAGCAGAGCUGCUGUUUAAUGGCGUGAAGGAACAUCAUGUGACUCUCCCAAGCCAAUCAGAGCCUUGGGACGUGAAGCAGCUGCUGGUCUGGAUCCAACGGAACCUGCUGAAGGAGCGGCCUGAACUCUUUGUCCAAGGAGAAUCAGUGAGACCUGGGAUUCUGGUGCUUAUCAAUGAUGCAGACUGGGAACUAAUGGGGGAGCUGGAUUACCAACUGCAAGACCAAGACAACGUCGUGUUUAUUUCUACUCUUCAUGGCGGAUAGAAAAUGAGCGAGGAAUGCAAACACAUCCCUGACUUCUCUGUAACACCCUUUUCCCCCCCACAUCCCCCAUGCUCCUCAGUUCCCCCCACAUCCCAACAACACGUAAAACCCACUGGGACGCUGUGAAUGUGUCAACCUGCACCGUGACGAUGGAGGUGAUUGAUGUUCCUCUGCAGGAAUGAGUGGAAACUCAGAGAUGGCUGCUGAGGAAAAUGAGGAAGGUGUGAGAUGGGAAAUCUGCAGACUUUCUCAUAAACACUGACGAUUUUUCCUUUUUUGAUCAAAUUGGUCAGGCUCGUGGGGCAGUCGUGUAAACCUCGGGUCGUCCUGGUCAGCUCACAGAUUCAAGUAUAAACACCAACAGUUUGUGUGUGUGUGUUCACGUCCCUUUAAUUUCUCGUCUAGCUUGAUAUAAGAAGACAAAAGGACCCCAGCUUGAGAUUUAAAAUGGUUCUCAGCUCGUGAGAAUUAAAAAUGAAGGGUAACACUUAGACAUCCAUGAAUUAGCACUUAUACGAUACAUUUAAAAUAGAAAUAUAUACAUUAUAAUGUAGCUGUAUACAGAUAUAGGCAUUCUAAGUGUAUUUGUAACAUCUUAUACAUAUUUUAAUAUUAUAACAGGGUUUAUCGAUGUCAUUCACCUGUGUAUACACUGAUGAUUGAUAAUUUAAAGGUGAAGUUAUAGUGAUAUAUGACUACUAUUAAUAAAUACCCUAAAA